GCAGGAAACAAUUGGGCGAAGGGGCACUACACUGAAGGUGCCGAACUAGUGGACUCAGUCCUCGAUGUGGUCCGCAAGGAAGCCGAGUCGUGCGAUUGCCUUCAAGGUUUCCAACUGACUCAUUCUCUUGGAGGAGGCACAGGAUCUGGUAUGGGGACAUUGUUGAUUUCGAAAAUCCGCGAGGAGUAUCCUGAUCGUAUCAUGAACACGUUCUCCGUAGUGCCUUCACCUAAGGUGUCUGAUACUGUUGUCGAGCCCUACAAUGCGACCCUGUCAGUUCAUCAACUCGUGGAAAAUACGGAUGAGACAUACUGCAUUGACAACGAAGCUCUGUAUGAUAUUUGCUUCCGCACACUCAAACUCACGACUCCUACUUAUGGUGACUUGAAUCACUUGGUUAGUGCAACGAUGUCUGGAGUAACAACGUGCUUGAGAUUUCCGGGUCAGUUGAAUGCUGAUCUUCGUAAGUUAGCUGUGAACAUGGUGCCUUUCCCUCGACUGCACUUCUUCAUGCCAGGAUUUGCACCUUUGACAAGCCGUGGUAGUCAGCAGUACCGAUCUCUGACAGUGCCAGAACUGACUCAGCAAAUGUUUGAUGCCAAGAAUAUGAUGGCCGCAUGCGAUCCUCGUCACGGGCGAUAUCUGACAGUUGCGGCUAUGUUCAGAGGCCGCAUGUCCAUGAAGGAGGUUGACGAGCAAAUGCUCAACGUUCAGAACAAGAACUCUAGUUACUUUGUGGAAUGGAUACCGAACAAUGUGAAGACGGCUGUUUGCGAUAUUCCUCCCAGAGGUCUUAAGAUGUCAGUCACCUUUAUAGGCAACAGUACUGCUAUCCAAGAGCUGUUUAAGCGUGUGAGUGAACAAUUUACUGCCAUGUUCCGUAGAAAAGCCUUCUUGCACUGGUAUACAGGAGAGGGUAUGGACGAGAUGGAAUUCACAGAGGCCGAAUCUAACAUGAAUGAUCUGGUCAGCGAGUAUCAACAAUACCAGGAUGCGACGGCUGAGGAGGAGGGCGAAUUCGAAGAGGAGGAAGAAGCCUAGGUGGUCAAUGUUGGUGCUGUUAGGUGUUAGUUGAAUAAAUUUUUUAAUUUGUGUCAAA